AUUCAGUUUUGAUUUUUUGUAUGAAAUUUAAUACUACACGUUAUUAAGCCACACUAUAAUAAAAUAAAGAAUUUGAGGGCAAGCCAUAAUUAUAUUUUGUUUUCGUAAAUUAGCUUAUCUCAUGUAUACAUUUAAUAGAUGCAAUUAAUGCUAAUUGCACUACGGUGCAUAUUGUACUUUUCUGACAGAAGAGACAACACUGUUAACUAUUCACAAUAAAGAUAUUUUUCACUCCAGUGUCGAUUUACUUUCUUUGUGUAGUGGAUGCAAAUUUCGUGGUAAUUUAAUUAUAGUUUACAUAUUUUACAAUUCCAGCAAAAGAAAAAGUAGGAGAAAAUUCUUAAAAUAAAAAGCUUGCGGUCAAAGGUUAUCUAUUAUUUAUUUGGAUCUAACGUGUUGUACACUAUUGAUUUAAAAUUAACACUUUGUCACAGUGAAAAUCAAUAUGCUCCAGAGGAGCAAAAGAGACUCCCGGUGGGUGUUGGGGAGCAAUAAGUCCACGUUACUUUUUUCUUUGUGCAUUCGAUGGCAUAUACCAUAUGGGAGGCGUAUGUGUCUACAUCAGCAUAGUAUUUGCUGAUGUUGGAUGCUUUGAAUAAGCGCUAUUGAUUUUUUUGUGCGUCAAAGACGUGAGCAAAUAUAAAUUUUAUAUAAAUACUUGGGGUUAAAUUUUUCCCUAAUUUACAUAAACUUUUGUAUGUACGGUAAAAUUGGGUGUUACUAAACAUUUCUGAAUGUGUAAGAACACUUAUAAAUAAUUAAUAAGGGUGAACAUUAGUUGAUGCAACACGACUGCACCAACGAUACAGUAUAAAAUGAUUCAUAAUCAUCAAAGGAAGUUCACAUUGCGGUCAAGUGCAUUCUACGAAGGGAUAAUCAUUAGUUGAUUAUUUAAAAACCAAGACUAAGGAAUAAAGAAGUCAUUGAUCCACGAAUCGAAAUUAUCAUUUUUUCUUUUUAACCACUCUUGUGUACACAAAUUUCCAGACAGUGUCAUAUACUUCAGUCAUUCAUAUAUAACAUUAACUGAAAAGUAAGCGAUAAGAGCAACAGCUAAUAAUGUACACCUAACGUUUAUGGAGCACAAUAUCAUUAGCUGCAUCAAAACUUUUGAAGCCCAGGCUCAGCCCAUAUUAUUAACGCUUCGAAAAGUGCACCACUGAGUUAGAAAAAUUACUGUUUAAUUACUGUCGUUGUUGAAACAACGAGAUGGGGUCGUUAUUCCGUAGUGAGGAGAUGACUUUGUGUCAACUCUUUUUGCAAAGUGAAGCGGCCUAUGCUUGCGUGUCCGAAUUAGGCGAAUUGGGUCUGGUACAAUUCAGAGACCUUAAUCCCGAUGUGAACGUUUUUCAACGCAAGUUCGUCAACGAAGUGCGCCGCUGUGACGAGAUGGAGCGUAAAUUGCGUUAUUUGGAAAAAGAAAUCAAAAAGGAUGGUAUACCAAUGUUGGAUACGGGCGAAAGUCCCGAAGCACCUCAACCUAGAGAAAUGAUUGAUUUGGAAGCCACUUUUGAAAAACUGGAAAACGAGUUGCGCGAAGUUAACCAAAAUGCGGAGGCAUUGAAACGCAACUUCUUGGAAUUAACUGAAUUGAAACAUAUUUUGCGCAAAACACAAGUUUUCUUCGAUGAGACGGUGCCUACAGUUUCUUACAAUACCUCCUCCUCCACUACUACUUUUAAAUCACGCUGGCGCUAUGGACGGAGACAGAUGGCCGACAAUCAGAACGAGGAUGAGCAGGCGCAGCUGCUGGGGGAAGAGGCUGGCAUGCGCGCUAGUCAGCCCGGACAAAAUUUAAAGCUUGGCUUUGUGGCUGGCGUAAUUUUGCGCGAGCGAUUGGCUGCCUUUGAGCGCAUGCUGUGGCGCGCCUGUCGCGGUAAUGUUUUUCUGCGUCAAGCCAUGAUUGAAUCACCGCUCGAAGAUCCAUCGAAUGGUGAUCAGGUGUACAAGUCGGUGUUUAUUAUCUUCUUCCAAGGUGAUCAGUUGAAGACACGUGUCAAGAAGAUAUGCGAAGGCUUUCGUGCCACAUUAUAUCCAUGCCCAGAGGCACCGGCCGAUCGCCGUGAAAUGGCCAUGGGUGUUAUGACGCGCAUUGAGGAUUUGAAUACGGUGCUGGGGCAAACGCAAGAUCAUCGUCAUCGUGUUUUGGUCGCCGCCGCCAAGAACCUAAAGAAUUGGUUUGUGAAAGUGCGCAAAAUCAAAGCCAUUUAUCACACGUUGAAUCUCUUCAAUUUGGAUGUGACACAAAAGUGUCUAAUCGCUGAAUGCUGGGUACCGGUGCUGGACAUCGAGACCAUUCAAUUGGCAUUGCGUCGCGGCACCGAACGUUCUGGUUCUUCGGUGCCACCGAUUUUGAAUCGCAUGCAAACUUUUGAAAAUCCACCAACAUACAAUCGCACCAAUAAGUUCACCAAAGCUUUUCAAGCGCUAAUCGAUGCAUAUGGCGUGGCUUCGUAUCGGGAAAUGAAUCCCGCUCCGUAUACGAUUAUAACGUUUCCCUUCUUGUUUGCUGUGAUGUUUGGUGAUCUCGGACAUGGUACACUUAUGGCUCUAUUCGGUUUAUGGAUGAUACGCAAGGAGAAGGGUUUGGCUGCACAGAAAACUACAAAUGAAAUUUGGAAUAUAUUUUUCGGUGGACGUUACAUAAUAUUCCUCAUGGGCGUAUUCUCUAUGUAUACGGGCUUAAUAUAUAAUGACAUAUUCUCAAAGUCGCUAAAUAUAUUCGGUUCACAUUGGCAUAUCAACUAUAAUAAGACAACUGUGCAGAAUAAUAAACAUUUGCAAUUGAAUCCCGGCACUGCUGACUAUGAAGGUGAACCCUAUCCAUUUGGUAUGGAUCCCAUUUGGCAAGUGGCCACAGCCAACAAGAUUAUAUUUCAAAAUUCAUACAAAAUGAAGAUAUCGAUUAUAUUCGGUGUGAUUCAUAUGAUUUUCGGCGUGUCUUUAAGUCUGCAUAAUCACACUUAUUUCAAGAACCGAAAUGCUCUGCUCUAUGAAUUCAUACCGCAGUUGAUCUUCUUGGUUAUGAUGUUCUUCUAUUUGGCACUUUUGAUGUUUAUCAAAUGGAAUAGAUUCGCUGCGACUAAUCCACCCCCCUUUUCUGCCGGUUGCGCUCCUUCGAUUUUGAUUACGUUCAUUGAUAUGGUUUUGGGUAACACGCCGAAACAACCGCCCGAAGGCUGCCAAACAUAUAUGUAUGCUGGCCAAUCAUUCUUCCAGAAUUUUUUCCGUUUCGUCGCACUUUGUUGUAUACCUGUAAUGCUGCUCGGAAAACCACUUAAGAUUAUUCAACAGCGUCGACAAGCAAAUGAGGAGCGUCAAAAUCUAACUGGCGCUACAAGUGAUGCAGAAGUGGGCAUGACUAACGGCACUGUUGGCGGUGUUGCUGGACACGGUGGCGGCGGCGAUGCUCACGAGGAAGAGGAGCUUUCAGAAAUCGCUAUACAUCAAGGCAUACAUACUAUUGAAUUCGUUUUGGGCUCCGUAUCGCAUACAGCAUCGUAUUUACGUUUAUGGGCAUUGUCUUUGGCACACGCACAAUUGGCUGAGGUUUUAUGGAAUAUGGUUCUAUCGAUUGGCUUGAAACAGGAGGGUUGGACUGGCGGUAUUAUGCUGACUAUUGUUUUCGCCUUCUGGGCCAUACUCACUGUGGGCAUUUUGGUGUUGAUGGAGGGCUUGUCAGCAUUCUUGCAUACUCUACGUCUGCACUGGGUGGAAUUUCAAAGUAAGUUUUACAAAGGUACCGGUUACGCUUUUCAACCAUUCGCCUUCGAUCAAAUUAUUGAAAAUGGCGGCGCCGCUGCAGUCGAUGGUGCCGAGUAAAAUCAAUAAAUGUUGUCGUUUGAUUGAAAUAUGUUGAAACGUUUGGAACGACAGUGGUUGCUCCACAAGCACAGCACAUGAACAUUGAAGAAUUUAUGCACACAUACAUUUAUAAUAAAGUAAUUAAUUAAAUAUGUACUCGUAUUAAGCAGUUAUUGAAUUUAAUAUGUAAUAUUCACCUACAACUAAACUAAUUGAAUUUAGUGGAAUUACAUAUAUACAUAAAUACUAUAAUCACAUAUACAUAUAUAACAUGUUUACUACAAUCAGUAAGGCUUCUAGAAUGCUUCGUAAGGCGAUGUGAGGAAACGUUUGGGAAUGCUUGCGAACACUUGUGCUCGCCUUUCGACUUGCAAUUGAGAUUAUCCAAUAUAUUACUACAUAUGCAUAUAUAUAUAUACACAGUUCUAUGUUUUAUGUAAUAAUUUUAAUGUUACGAGAGUUCAUAGCAUGAAAUAACGCUUUUAGCAUUCAUCGACAAACAUAAAAAAUGUAUGUAUACCAAAAUGUAUAAAUUCAAUUAUGUAUGUAGUUAUCGGCAAUUAAUAAUACGCAUUUCUUUGUAUUUUUUUUAUAAUAAAAUAUCUUUAUUUUCCUAAAUACAGUUUAUUUAUAAACUUUUUAGCAAACUACUUAAUGCAAUUUAAAAACAUCACGUUCCUAAUAAUUAAUAUAAAAAGCAUUAUACAAACCUCAAAAAAUAGUGUUGAAAUUUGCGUUAUACAAGCAUACAUGUAUUUUGUGGUGUGGUAUAUCUCAGUUAAUAAACACAGCUGCAGAAUUCAAUUAAUGCUGAAUCAAUGUGAUUUACAAAAGUUGUAACAUUUUCAGUUUUUCCAUUGAUUUGGUAACUUGAAUAACUUACACUUAUCUGAAUAUAAUUAAAUAAAAUGUAGAAAAUGUUGUUGUUCAGAAAA